CAAGGCAAAGCUGCUAGACAGCAGUGGGACUAAGUGCCGCCACAAUCUCUCCAAACAUUCCCGGGUGGAAGGAUCGGAAACUUCCCAAGCGCCACCAUCGAACAACUUGUGACUCAAUGAUGAUAUGGAAGUUAUCUAACUAAUUAAUGUUAUACGUAAAGGACAUGAGAGAGGAUCGACUCCAAUUGUUGGUCAGGACUUUGUCUUGAGCGCAAACCGAGUCACAAAAGCCGGCUGCAGCUAACAUUAACGUUACCUUGUGGUUGUGCCCAGCCCCCUCGCCGGUCUGGCGCAAAGAGAGAAAAAGAGAAUCUGGUCGCCGUUUUCCUUUGUGUUGCUGCAUUUUGGAAUUUUUCGUGAAGUCUGGUUGCCAUUUUCUAGAGUUAAUUUUCCACGUAUGUUAAAUUUGAAUGACAUUUAGUAGCCUGCUGAACUAACGUUAGCUAGAUAGUCGGCUUGACUCGAGAGCGAAAAGAACUGUCGUUCGUUAUUGGCUAGCUAAGCUUUGGAGCCUCAUCUCCCUCGCACUCCUUUGGGAGGGUUGCGUUUUGGUUACGGAGACAAGAAAUAACCAGGAGGAUGGGAUUUUAAUUGGAUUUACAGUGCGGUUUUUUCUCGUGAUUGUGAUCACUAGGCUAGCUAAUAUUUUCCAAGUUGGUAAGUUAACUGAAUUCAAACUGAAUUCACGCACUUCGGCUGGAAAAAGUUGAAGAGAAGUUGGAAACAAACCCGUUAGCUUAGCUACCAGUAGCUAGCCAGUUGACUUUUAAAAUAUGUAAGUUAUCGAACUGGUCUGGAAAAGUUUUAGCGCGCAGUUUUCUUAGCUAAAUUAACGCUAUAUCGAAUAGUUUUGGCAUUUGUAUUUUUUUUAGCUAACGGCAUACGCGUAUGAGCACAAAACUGCACGAAUAGACAGCCAGUUAUUUUAAAUGUUUAUUUACUUUGUUAAAUAAUACGAUAUUGCUAAGGGGUAGUUAUCGCGUGUUAUAUUUUUAUUUGAUUAGCUAUGUGGCGAGUUAGCAUGAAAGUAAACAAUCGUCUUUUUGGAUGGGGUAGAACACGCGAAUGCAUUCAAUUACUUUGGCAAUUGGAACGUUUAGUUUGCUAACGUUACGAAGAAGAGGGACAUUGCUGGUUUUCUUUUACUUUAAUCUGGGCUCUUUUUAUCUAAGGGUCGACUUCCCAUCGGCUGGAUUUUUCGAGUUUGGUCAUUUUGUCGGUCUGGGUGGAUACAGAAUUGUGCUAUCCCCUUCCUCCCCCUAGCCUACACCCUCCCCCUGUCUUUGUCCGAUGCGGAGUAUCUGAGCAGCCCCGGUGUCCUUCCCCCUGCGGCGGCCGGAGAUGCUGAAGUGUAUCCCCCUGUGGCGCUGUAACCGCCACGUCGAGUCGGUGGACAAGCGUCAUUGCUCCCUGCAAACAGUGCCCGACGAGAUAUUCCGCUAUAGCCGUAGCCUGGAGGAGUUGCUUCUCGAUGCCAACGAACUCAAAGAGCUGCCAAAGCCUUUUUUCCGUCUGCUGAACCUUCGCAAGCUGGGCCUGAGUGACAAUGAGAUCCAGAGACUGCCUCCUGAAGUGGCCAACUUCAUGCAGCUGGUUGAGCUGGACAUCUCUCAAAAUGACAUUCCUGAGAUCCCCGAGAGCAUUAAGUUUUGCAAAGCGCUGGAAAUCGCAGACUUCAGUGGAAACCCACUCUGCAGGCUACCUGAUGGUUUCACUCAGCUGCGAGGGCUUGCCCACUUGGCUCUCAAUGGUGUGUCGCUGCAGACACUGCCUAACGACAUUGGAAAUUUGGCGAACUUGGUAACACUGGAGCUGCGGGAGAACCUGCUCAAAUCCCUGCCCACGUCCCUCUCAUUCCUGGUGAAGCUGGAGCAGCUGGACCUGGGCAGCAAUGGACUGGAAGUCCUGCCAGACACACUGGGGGCCUUGCCCAAUCUACGGGAGCUGUGGCUGGACCGCAACCAGCUGUCCACAUUGCCACCGGAUCUGGGGAAUCUGCGGCGGCUGGUAUGUCUAGACGUGUCGGAAAACCGUCUGGAGCAGCUGCCGUCAGAGCUGAGCGGCCUGCUGGCUCUCACCGACCUGCUGCUCUCCCAGAACCUGCUGGAGGUCCUCCCUGACAGCAUCGGGUGCCUGAAGCAGCUGUCCAUCCUGAAAGUGGACCAGAAUCGGCUGACCCAUCUGACGGACUCCAUCGGGGAGUGCGAGAAUCUCACUGAGCUUAUGCUGACCGAGAACCUGCUGCAGGCUCUGCCUCCCUCGGUGGGGAAGCUGAAGAAGCUGACCAACCUGAACGUGGACCGGAACCGGCUGGCCAGUGUGCCCGCGGACCUGGGGGGCUGCUCCAGCCUUAACGUGCUGUCGCUGCGUGACAACUGCGUGGACAGGCUCCCAGCCGAGCUGGCCAACGCCACGGAGCUGCACGUGCUCGAUGUGGCGGGGAAUAGGCUGCAGAACCUUCCCUUUGCACUGGCUAACCUCAACCUGAAGGCCAUGUGGCUGGCUGAGAACCAGUCCCAGCCCAUGCUGAAGUUCCAGACGGAGGAUGACGAGAGCACAGGGGAGAAGGUGCUCACCUGCUACCUGCUGCCCCAACAGCCCUCUCCCAGCCUUGAGAACCUGCUGCAGAACAGCGUGGAUGACAGCUGGACGGACAGCAACCUGAACCGAGUCUCCGUCAUCCAGUUCCAGGAGGAGACCAAGGAUGAAGAUGAAGACGAGGAGACGGCUGCUGAGCGCAAGGGUUUACAGCGCCGAGCUACGCCACACCCCAGUGAACUGAAGGUGAUGAAGAAAGUGAUUGAGGAGAGGCGGAACGAGGUCUACACAGCCAAACCCGACGAGGACGUGGAUACCCCGGACACAGAGGAGAAACGUCUGAGUGGGCUGUCCAAUCACAGCCAUGACUCCCAGGCGUCUAAUAGCACUGUCUCAGCUGGCUCCCAUGAGGAAAGGCAAGAGCUGAUCACUGCAAGGGAGGAGGCAGUGAAUGGGGAUGCCCCGGAGCCAGAAGAAGAGGAGCUCGAUGAGAUGGAAGUAGAAUAUAUUGAGCCCACAGUGCACUUUGCGGAGGAGCCCAUCAUUCGGGGUGGGGAAGAGGAGGACGAGGACGGGGAGGAGGACGGCGAGCGGAGCGACCAGGAAGAGCGCGCCCUGCCCAUGGAGAAGCAGCGGCUCAUCCGCAAGGACACCCCUCACUACAAGAAGCACUUCAAGAUCACCAAACUGCCCAAGCCUGAGGCGGUGGCCGCCCUGCUGCAGGGCUUCACCCCCGAUCACCUGCCACACCCGCAGCAGCCCGCCCACGAGGAGGAGGAGGAGGAGGAGGAGGAGGAGGAGGAGGAGGAAGAGGAGCGGGGGCUCGCCGCCCGCUACCAGUCCAGGAUAGAGGAGUCCGAGCUGGACGACCGAGGAGUGGGAGACAGGGUCAGCUCUUCCCUGCAGCCUGUCAAGGGGGUGUCAUUUGAUCAAGUCAAUAAUCUGCUGAUUGAGCCUGCUCGAAUUGAGGAGGAAGAGCACACCCUGACCAUCCUACGCCAGACAGGGGGACUGGGGAUCAGUAUUGCAGGGGGGAAAGGCUCCACUCCCUACAAGGGGGAUGAUGAGGGCAUCUUCAUAUCCAGGGUGUCUGAGGAGGGCCCAGCUGCUCUCGCCGGCGUCAAAGUGGGAGACAAACUACUCGAGGUAAACGGCAUCGACCUGCACGGGGCGGAGCACCACAAGGCUGUGGAGGCCCUGCGGAGUUCGGGCGUGGCCGUUUCCAUGACAGUGCUGAGGGAGCGCAUGGUGGAGCCGGAGAACGCCAUCACCACCACGCCCCUGCGGCCCGAGGACGACUACUUCCCCAGAGAGAGGCGCAGCAGCAGCGGCCUCCCCUUCUGCAUCGAACCCCCAUCCCCCGGGGCCGGCCGCCAGCAGCACUCCACCUGCCUCAUUCGCAACGACAAGGGCCUGGGCUUCAGCAUCGCCGGGGGCAAAGGCUCCACAGCCUACCGCGCAGGGGAUACUGGCAUCUUCAUCUCCCGCAUCGCCGAGGGCGGGGCCGCUCACCGCGACAGCACAUUACGCGUGGGAGACAGGGUCAUCUCCAUCAAUGGUGUAGACAUGACAGAGGCCAGGCAUGAUCAGGCAGUAACGCUGCUUACCGGCACCUCCCCCACCAUCACCCUGCUGGUGGAGCGCAGCCUGUCCGAGCCUCAGGGCUCCCCCGCCACCUCCAGGACCCGGCCUCACUCUCCCCCUCCGCCGGAGCCCGUCGAAUCCCCCGACCAGGAGGAGACCGGCGACGACCACUGCUCCUCCCCGCAGGCCAACCACCUGAGCCGGCCGCUGGAGGACGAGUACCCCAUCGAGGAAGUUAUUUUGGUGAAGGCCGGUGGCCCACUGGGUUUGAGCAUUGUGGGAGGCAGUGACCAUGCCAGCCACCCGUUUGGAGUUUGCGAGCCUGGGGUCUUCAUCUCGAAGGUCAUCCCUCAGGGUCUGGCGUGUCGGAGUGGGCUGCGGGUGGGUGACCGCAUCCUUGAGGUGAAUGCCAUCGACCUACGCCAUGCCACGCACCAGGAGGCAGUCCGCGCCCUGCUCUCCAACAAGCACGAGAUCCGGAUGUUAGUACGCCGGGACCCUGCGCCAUCGGGCAUGGAGGAAAUCCUGAUCGAAAAGCAGCCAGGCGAGAAACUGGGCAUCAGCAUCCGCGGCGGUGCCAAAGGGCACGCCGGAAAUCCCUUCGACCCCACCGACGAGGGCAUCUUCAUCUCUAAGGUGAGCUCCAGUGGGGCAGCUGCACGGGACGGGCGACUGCGGGUGGGCAUGCGCAUCCUGGAGGUGAACAACCACAGCCUUCUGGGCAUGACCCACACGGAGGCCGUGCGCGUUCUGCGCGGCGUGGGGGACGCCCUGGCCGUGCUGGUCUGCGACGGCUUCGACCCGCAUGAGGCGGCCGCCGUCGAGGCCUCCCCUGGUGUGAUCGCCAACCCCUUUGCUGCUGGCAUUGUCCGCAAAAACAGCAUGGAGAGCAUUUCAUCCAUCGACAGGGACAUGAGUCCAGAGGAGAUGGAGAUUCUUCAGAAGCAGGAAGUAGAGAUGGUGCGGGAGGCUUCACUGUGGGAGAAAGAGGAGAUUGAGAAAGUGGAGCGCAUGCGCCUGGAGCGCGAGGAGGCCACCCGUCUGCUGGAGGAGGAGGCUGAGAACUUCAACACAGGGCCCCUCAAACUGGACUACAGGACACUGGCUGCACUUCCCACCACGAGCCUGCAGAAGGUCAACCAGUUACCCCUCUCUACCGCUCUGCCUGCCCCCAUGGAGGCCUCCCUUCAGCCCCAGCACAGGGCCCCUAUUGCCCCCCUUGGGUUUGAACUGUCAGACCCCUCAGUGAGCGGAUUGCCUCAGCAAAGCUUCUUCCACGCCGAGCCCUGCGUACUGGGCCCCACCAUCACCCCACCCCCUCAGUACCCUUCAGAGGACAGCGUGGACUCCCCGACCUUGUUCGUCUCCAAACUGCCCCCCAUCACCAUCUCAGCGCAGCCUCCCCACCAGACUCAAAACAUUUCCACCCCACCGCCCCCCAAAGAUCCCGUCGCUCCAAAACAGGAAGCCCAACAGCUGCCGCCUUCGGUCAGACAGGAAGUCCUGCCCCCUGGCGACGGGGAAGAGGAGGAAUGUCUGGUGGACUCGCAGCCUAUCAGCUUCAAAGAGAACCCCUUCCUAGUGGCCAACCGCAGAGGAAAGGGCCGACCCCCAGCAGAGCGUAUCCUAUCAGGGCCCCCUGUGGGAUAUGGCAAGAGCGGCCAGCUGCAGACCCGUCUGUACAGCAAGACUUCUUCCUCUGAGCCCCAGGGAAUUCAGAGCCCCAAUAGAGAGGUCAGCUACUCCCCCAGCCCCCAGCCGCCUGUCCACCAGUGCCCCUCCCCGGCCCCACCGGCCCUCGGCAGGGAGACGCGCUUCGCAUGUAUUCAAUACACCUCCAGUGUGGUUCCCAAAGAGAGCCCAUCAACGAAACCCGGUGCGAUCCAGCCUGUAUCUCGCAAGUGGCAGGGUACUCCAGACAGUCAGGAUGAAUGGAGCAGUCCAAGUCCGUUCCAGCAUGGCCCCUCUCCCAUCAACUCCCAAACCUCUCCUCGUGCCCCCACCCCCCCUUCACCCGAUGAGUUCCCCACCAAUAUUAAGCAGGCCUAUAAGGCCUUUGCGGCCGUGCCCCACUCCGUGGCAGUGCAGCAGCCUGAGCAGGAAUAUUUUGGCCAAAGGAACAACAUCCAGUUCCAGCAGGCUUCACCAGAGCCUGAGGUGGACAGUGAGGUGUUUUUGGACAUGGGGGAAGGGGACGCGGCAGGGGGGGAUCUUGCAGCCCCUGCUUCUUCGCACUCGCCCCUCUCCCCUGACCGCAGGGAGUACAUGAGCUUGGCCGCAGUGCCACGCCACUCUCGACCCUCCUUGGAGAUGCAGUCGCCCAUGACCAGCGGCCAGGGCAGUCCAGAGCAGCGCUCCUUUAGAGAUCGACAGAAGUACUUUGAGAUCGACGUGAAGCAGCAGACCCCUGAGAGCAAACCCAAGCCCAGAGUGUCGCUUGUCGGGGAGGACGAUCUGAAGAAGAUGAAGGAGGAAGAAGCAAAGAAGAUUGACUUGUGUGCCCGGGACUACCUCUUGGAUGAGGAGGAGGAGGAAGAGGACGACCUAGCCAGGCAGAUGGCCGAGAUGAAGGCCCAGGGCAAAGUGGUGUUGGAUGGCGUGGAGUAUAAAAUUGAGAGUGUGGGCAACCAGAGUGCUGCCUCUCCCAGACACUGUGCCACGCCUCCCAGCCUUUUUGCCACACCCCCCAGCAAUUUUGUCACACCCCCCAGCUCAGGGCCCUCAUCUGUGGAUGGUAGGGGAGACUCCCAAAGAAAUUCCCUGGAAGAUUUCAGAGUGGAGCACCGGCCCAAUUCCAUAACUGGGCUGAGCCCAGCCUACCCCGGGGAGCCCAGUGCCCCGAUUCGCACGGCCAAGGCGGAGAGGCGGCACCAGGAGAGGCUGCGCAUGCAGAGCCCCGAGCUGGCGCUGGCUCCAGACAAGGACCUGUCGCCGGCCGAAAGACGGGCGCUGGAGGCGGAGAAGAGGGCCAUGUGGAGAGCGGCACGACCUCACGGUCUGGAAGAGGACAUUAAACAGUAUGAGCAGGACCUGGCUAAAAGGCUGUACCAGACCAGACUGAGGGCGUCUCAGGGUGCUUCCGUACCCCCUCAGCCCACCGCCACCGCCCAGCUCAGAAUGAAGUCUCUGGAGCAGGAUGCCCUGAAAGCCCAGAUGGUCAUCGCCAAGUCCCGGGAGGGUAAGAAGCGCUCUACUCUGGACCAGCUGACCGAAUCCCCGUCGCCAGCCCCCACGCCUUCCCCCACUCCACUGGAAGAUGCCAGCCCUCGAGGUAUGACUUCACCUGGCAGACUGUCCCUGUCACAAAAGAAGUUUGACUACCGACAGUUUGCUGCAAUCCCUUGUGCCAAACCUGUAUACGACAUCCAGUCUCCUGAAGCAGCAGACAUUCAAUUUAUUGAUGACACUUCCAGCAACCCAGCACCCCCUGUUUCCCCGGAGGAGGAAGUGCCUCUCCCACCGCCUGCCUCCUCUGCCCUGGAGGAGAUGGCUCUCUACAGCAACAAGCGCAAGCUGAGGCAAGGACGCCGCCGCAGCCCGGAGACAACCGUGCCCACGUGACAUUACCCGCAUCCUGAAGACACAGACCCCCCAAAAUCAACAACACACUUACAGCCAGGCCAGAGCUCCAACAGAAGCUACUUUAUAGACAGACACGUAGAAAUACAACUCUAGCAACUCUAGCACAUCAGAUGUGUUUCCAUGGAAAUGCUCACAGAGCGUGUCCGCUCCUGCAUGCCAGUCCUGAGACUGCUGGUUUGAGUGGAAAUGAGAAACACAGCAACGACAGUAGCUCCUUAUCAGUUGAGGAGAGCGACAGUGUGGGGAGCAGGGGGGGGGUUGCUUUUUCUUAAAUAGACCACAGAACCCAUUUUAAAUCUUUGUGUAAUUUGUUUUUCAGUUUGCGUUUUAGAAGCUGAAUUAUUUUAACUCGAGACUAAUCUGUUUUUAUUUUCUGCUUCCUCUUGAUUUUGCUGUUUUUAAAAAAAGAAAAUAUGGAGGAAAGAAUGAAAAUGAGGAAUGAGGUAGCUGUUAUACUAACUGUAAAUCUUUUAUUAAUUUGUUUUGAAGUUUUCAGUUGCAAGGUUUGGUGUUGGUAACUGUGAGGAAGGAGAGUGUAAAUACGAGUGGCUUAAACUCGCCAGACUACUUACCAGAGGGAAGUUAGAACAUUCUGCUGCCUUCCCUGCCCGCUGAACACAGGGCAGUUGAAACGCCACCUUUCUCUGUUGCACCACUGCUUUCAUGCAGUUUUAGUUUUAAAAAAGAAUAUAUGAUGUAUAUUAUAUAUUCCUUUUAAUAGUUUUAGCUCACUUCAGGAAAAGCAAACAUGGUAAACUGAUACUACAAUCUAAGACUUCUUUUGUUUCAUGUAAUUGUACAUAUUUAAGAAUAUUUGAUGCUAAGAAAUGACCUAGUUAUUCCCACAGGGAAGAUGAUUUUUGUUUAUGGAACCUCUGGAUUAAUCACAAUCUUUGGUGCAAAGCUUUAACUUUGUACAAAUCAUCUUGCACACUGAUUGGUUGAAUUGAAGAAAAUCUUCUCAAUAGUGGACUGGAACUAUGGGGUUUCCUCUUUAGGUGUAACCAUCAUAGUUUAAAGGCAAUAAAUGAAAAGGCAAUAAAAAGCACAACAAUCUGGUGUAUAUGAUAAGAAAGCACAGUUUAGAAUGACCCAUGAAAAAAAAAAACUUAACGAUGUGGCGCAUUAGUUAUUUAGAUAAAAUUUUGUAAUGAGGUGUAAAGCCUCACUAAAAUAUGUUUCAAGCAUUCAAGGUUUUAUAUGAAAUGGACACAGCACAUGCAUUAUUAUAAGUGUUUUUUUUUUAUGAUAGUUCUAUUGCACACUACCUGUGAAAAGGCCUGAGUAAUUCAAAGGUUCUAAGAAUGGAUUUAUAAAGUUAAGAUUUAUGUUUUGUGUCUAGUACUCUUGGAAGUAUGUAAAUUAACCACUUUUACUGACUGCUUUGAGGACCCAGUAGAAAUCAACUGGAGGCCUGGACCAUGUAUAUUUUUCAACAUUCCCAUUCCAGCACAGGGGAGUACACCGGAGAGGCCUGCAAACACUCACACAAAUCCAUUACAUGGGUAGGACAAAGUACUAUUUGUGAAAGGAGUCUAUUGUCAUAAACACUUUGAUUGCAUUUUGGUGCCAUUCUCUUCUUCUACGGGCAUUAUUGAAGAGUUAUCUGACCUGAAGGUCAUCUGUCCUCUCCAGUGUUCAGCCCCUCAGGCUGAGGAAGGUAGCAGGUGGUGGAUUUCCCUCUGUUAGAUUACCUUCAUCUGAAGCCACUGAAAUCAUCUAUUAACAUGUGAAUAAUGUACAGAUACUGAAGGAGACCAACGAGUGGUCGAAACUGAGCCAGUCUUGAGACGGUGCCAGAGUCUAGACUGCCAGACAGGCUGGACAGGGUCUAGACGAGGAGAUCCCUGCAUGUACAUUGGCACAGUUACUGGAUGCAUCUUUUAGACCACAACUUUUAGACUUGUAACUCAAAACUGUAUUUCCUUAUAUUACUCAACGCAGUCAAAGUGCUCUGUUACGGAAUCAUGGUAAAUAGCUCUUGUUGAAUUUAAUUUACUAAUUUUAUCUGUUCAUUUUUUGUCUUGCUGACUUGAAAUUCAGUUUGGGCCAUAAUUUGUGAAUGGAUAUUUUUAAUUAGGUAACAGGCUCUGGGAUUUUCCAAGCAAAUGGGAUUCACUGCAUUUUUACACAGAAUAUUUUGAUUUGUUCUUUUAUUCUUUGAAUUUUCUUGGAGAGCUCUUGUUUUCCAAAUGGG